AUGUAUAUACUUUCAGGUCUCCCGUUCCUCCUGGCCACCACGCAACUUCUGAGCGUGGUGACUUGCCAGGAUGAAGUUUCCAGUCGGUCAAAGAACACCCCAGACUACAUUUCAGACAACGCGCUCCUCCAAGCCACCCAAAAAGCAAACGACUUCAUAGCCAAGCUCACUUUGGAACAGAAAGCAAAGAUGGUGACUGGUAAUAGCUCGGCUGGUGGUGGCUGUAUCGGAACGUUGGAAGCAUUCCCUGACCUUGGCUUCGGUGGGCUUUGUUCUAUGGAUGGCCCAACUGCGCUCAAUCGUGCGGAUUUGAUGAGUGUCUUCCCAGCCGGUUUAACUGCUGCCGCGAGUUGGGAUAGGGAUCUCAUUUAUGAGAGAGGAAAUUCUCUCGGCAAUGAAUUUAGAGACAAGGGUGUUCAUGUGCUCUUAGGACCUUCAGCUGGACCGUUGGGCCGUCAUCCUCUUGGUGGCCGCAACUGGGAAGGCUUUUCUCCCGACCCUUACUUGACAGGUGUGGCCAUGGAUCGCACUAUUCGUGGUAUACAAGAUGCUGGCGUGCAAUCGGUUUCUAAACAUUUCAUCGCCAACGAGCAAGAAAACCACAGGAGCAAUACCUUUCUACGAAACAGAACCGAAAUCGAAGCCAUCUCUUCUAAUGUUGAUGAUCGCACUAUGCAUGAGCUUUAUCUGUGGCCUUUCUACGACGCCGUCAAGGCCGGAACAGUCUCCGUCAUGUGCGCCUACAACCGUGUCAACCAAACAUACGCUUGCCAGAACGACGCCGCACUUAACGGACUGUUGAAAGGCGAACUGGGAUUCCGAGGAUACGUUAGUUCUGAUUACUUUGCAGUUCACGCCGGUGUGAGUUCGGCUGCAGGAGGACUGGACUUGAACAUGCCUGGAUCGUAUGACCUGGCUUCCAUCUACACUGGCAGUUCUUAUUUUGGCGGUAACAUCACUUUAGCUGUCAAUAAUGGAUCUUUACCCCUUGCUCGAGUCGACGAUAUGGUCCGCCGAAUCAUGAUGCCAUACUACCUACUCGGUCAGGACAAAGACUAUCCAACAAUAGAUCCUGGAACCUUGGGCGUACUGGCGAAUCUGUACAAUUCUUACAUCGAGGUGCAGCCAAUGUCACGAGAUGUGCGGAGAAACCAUGCAAAAACAAUCCGCCUCCUGGGAUCUGCAGGUAGCGUUCUUCUCAAGAAUGAGAAAAACAUUCUGCCCAUUGACACAAAGAAGAUCAAAAAUAUUGGUGUGUUUGGCAAUGAUGCAGGAGAUCUGACAGCUGGGUUGACAUUUCCUGGUGAACUGGUGGCAACAAGUCCUGAGUUUGGUACCCUUGAUGUUGGAGGCGGAUCUGGUACUGGCAGACACACGUAUAUUGUAUCCCCAUUAGACGCAAUCAAAGCCCGCGCACAACGAACCGGAGCUAGGGUACAAUACAUCCUUGACAAUAACGUCCUUGCACGUAACGACUUUAACAGCAUCUAUCCAAAUCCAGAUGUAUGUUUCGUAUUCUUGAAGACAUAUGCCAGCGAAGGUUUUGACCGUCGAAACUGGGAAGCAGACUGGAACUCGACUUUCGUCGUCAAGAAUGUGGCAUUAAGAUGUCCCAAUACCGUAGUGAUAACCCACUCAGCUGGUAUUAAUACUAUGCCCUGGGCAAACAACCCAAAUGUCACAGCUAUCAUCGCGGCACAUCUUCCAGGAGAACAGACCGGAAACUCUAUUGUCGAUAUUUUGUGGGGAGAUUUUAACCCAUCCGGCAAGCUCCCUUACACAAUUCCAAAGAACGAGUCGGAUUACGACAUUCCAACAGUCAACCUCACUAAUGUCUCUACAACAACUGAGUGGCAGUCCAAUUUUACCGAGGGCCAAAUGAUUGAUUAUCGACAUUUCGAUGCUAACAAUAUCGAGCCACUCUACGAAUUUGGCUUCGGUUUGAGUUACACAACCUUCGAGCUUUCUAGCAACAUGAAGCUCACCACCCUCCUCAAGAACCCCUCCGCGGAACCAAAUCCAGGACUCGGCAUCAAGCAGGGAGGAAAUCCUGAUUUGUGGACAGAUGUUGUUCGUGUGGUCGGUGAAGUCAAGAAUACAGGUCAAUGCUCUGGUGCUACUGUAGUUCAGCUCUAUGUGGGAUUACCGGAUUCUGUUCCUGUCGGAAAGGUUGUACGCGCUCUCCGUGGUUUUGAAAAGGUGUUCUUGAAGCCGAAUGAAAAGCGCAGAGUGGAGUUCCUACUCAAGAGACGAGAUCUGAGUUAUUGGGAUGUUGUUUCCCAACGUUGGUUGAUACCAACUGGACAAUUUGAGGUGCAGUUGGGAUUUAGCUCUAGAGAUUUCAAGGCAAAGGCAACGCUACAAUUGCGUUGA